UUAGUUUUUUUAAUAAACAAAAAAUAUGUCUGAGGAACGUAGAAAAAUAAAUAAACAAAGUACAGGUACUGUCCCAAAGGUAAAAUACCGCAAUAACACAUCGUAUUCAAUUAACGAACGGGAAAGAUCAAGAAGUCUAACAAACAAUCUGGCUAGUUACUGGCAUCAUCCCUCUGAUCCUUCAAAUUUAAUUAGAAAUUCCAGAGGAAAUCAGCGCAACAAUUAUUUUAACAUGGAUACUACUUUAGAGGAACCCACUUUACAACCCCUUCAAAAUGGAUCUAUCAAUUUUAAUCAAACUGCUAAUGGUACUGUAACACCAAAUACAAGCUCAUCUACAUCUAGAAGAAACUCUUCAUCAUUAAAAUGUGAUAAUGUUACAAAAUACCCAGAUAAAAAACAAAUAGAGGAUAAGUUGCAUCAAAUAAGGGAAUAUUUAAAAAUCACUAAUUCUCUCAUGACGAGCAUGAAAAAUGAGGAUCAGACAAACGAUCAAUCUGAAAAAGAAAAUCUCGAGAAAAUGAUGAAUGACCUAAAAGAUAGUGAAAAAAAGUUGUUGGGUAUUUUGGAUCAGAUGAAUUCUGAUGAAAAUGAAGAAAUUAAUAAUGAUCAGCUGGUUGAAAAUGGAGUUGACAAUGUUUCUGAACACAGCUCUUCCUCCUUCAGAAGAAAUGAUAUAGACGUCAAUCUGGUUAAUCCCAGUCAAGAAAUUGAUAUGCUUAAAGAUCAGCAGAUGGCUUUAAUGAGACUUCAGCAGAAAGCUGAAAAUAAACUGAGGGACGCAAGACAUGCUCAGACAAAAAUGUCUGGUUCAAUGUUUGGGAAUGAUGUAAACGAUAUUAGCAAUCGAAAAGAUAAUAAAUUAUACUCAGAACAUGACUUUGAUGCUGCUAUUAAAGAACUAGAAGAGAGAGCAAAAAGACUGAGGUCGCCUCAACUGUCUAAUCAAAAGGCGCAGGAUAAUAUAUUGGCCAAAGUUCACAGUUUACACAAUCAGAUCAUCACCAUGCAUAACGCGAACGAUGAAAGAGAAAAUUUGAUCGAAACCUUGGACAAUCGCGAUGCUGAACUAAGAAUGCAACAUGCCGACCUUCAGAAUAAAUUGCAAGAACUUCAGAAUAAGAAGUUACAGGUCGAUCAACUUGUAGCUCAAUUGCAGAGCUUUGGGGAUGAAGAAGAGGAAGAUAUAGGUGGGCAGGUAAAGAAAAUUGUCACCAUGAAAGACCAGCUGCGAAAACUUAAAGACAUGUUGGAACUUGUGAAAACUACUGAGAAUAUAAUGCAAAACACAAAUGCUUCAGCUGAGGCACAAGCUGUUGCUUACGAUAUCUGUACUUCGGCUGAAAACUUUUUGGAAAAGGAUGUUCAAAAACCAAGAUUACAGUCUCAAGUUCAAAACGAAACCAACGUUUUGAGAAAUGAUAAUUACAGCAGUACAAUAGCCAGUGAUAAUCAACCUAAAGAAGUUAAUAAACGGUCCAUUGAACAAGGAUGCAGAGGGUUGAAGCCUAGAAUAACUAGCCAUAAUGAAAAAUUGUCCUUACAAGCUGAACUUGAAGCCAAGAAGAAAGAAUUGGAAGAGAUAAUGGGAAAACAUAAAGCCAGUACAUCAAAUUUAAACCAUGAUGUUGGAGCAGAUGUUAAAUCUGAAUUUAGCUGUACAAGUAAUGCAAUUAACGAAGGUUGGGUUCCACUUAUACCACCACAGAGUCACCAUGCAGAUUCAGACAGGUUUUCUAGUGACGAGGAGGACAUUAACGACUAUUCAGCAAUGCAUGACAAUCAUAAUGUUUUAAAUUUACCGAGUUCUAACUUCUCUCAUUUAAAAACCAAAAAAUUCAGAUCUGUUCCUUGCGACGAUUACAUUCAGCCUUCUGAAUUUGAGAGACCACGGGGUAUAUCUCGUACACCUGAGCGAAAUGAUAGAAGUAAUUCGGCAGCUACUUCAGGAUACGUAAGAGAGCACCCCAGGUCAAACACUGAGCAGGAAACCAGGACUCAGGUUCAAAAACAACUCCAGCUAAUCAAAAGUGUGUGUGAUUCGAUGUUAGAGCAGCAAUCGGCAGCAAGCCAGCAAUCGAAUGUACAACAAUUGCGUAACAACUUAACACCAUCUCCUCUCUAUUCUGAACCAAGGCGAUAUGCUUCUCCAAAUCCUCAUACAAUGAACGCACUAAACGUCAUAAAUCCAAAUACGGACGCACCUUGGUUUCCUGGAAGUAAUAUGCACGGCAAUUUGAAUGCCGAUAUCAACAACUAUCAGAACUGGUUAGCAACGAACACCAUACAAACACAGUCAUUUAUGUUGAAUACAUUAAAUCAGUGUUGUCAGAUGUUGUGGUUGCAACAGAGGGAGCUAGUGUCGCUGAGAAAUACAGUUACUUUGCUUCAGGAAAGGAUGGAGAGCAACCCCUACGGAGGACACUCCGACCAACUCCCUUCUACUCUCCAAACUCCUCAAGACCAACGGUCCUCCGCCCAAUACCGCCCCGUCCCUAAUCAAAAAGUUAACCAUGUUUCUGCUGCUUUCUCUUUGCCUAAUCUGAAUCAGUAUAACGCACCACCGUCUAACCUUGAUCUGAAUUACAUUAAUCAAAAUAAUGUGCAGAGUGGCCGUUUGUUAGAUCCGUGUUUAAAUAAUGUUAAUCACCUGAAUGCGACACAAGGUGUUGAACAUGCUAACAAUAUCUUGCAUGGCGUGAAUUCCAAUAUUAACCACUCGUUGCCCAAUCAGAUGUGGAAUGGCCAAGCUCUAAAUAACCAAGUAGCUCCAGGAAAUAGAGCUAAUAAUUAUUGGGACAAUUUUCGCAGUUAUUCACGUCAAAAUCUCCUAUCUACAAAAAACAAUGAGGUUUUGCAAAAUCCAUCUUGCUUAGAUCGAUCAAACAUCUCCAAUGAACGAACCAAUCCGUUUAGUUUAAUGACUUUCUCAAAAAGUAAUUCAGAACAGGAUUCCACAAGCACUUCACAGGAAAAUACACCUCAAAGGAGAGGUCCCUCAUUCCGAUUAGGCAGGCACGAAAACACUAAUGUGUCCGUCAUACCUCCACCGGACGUUUUAAAUGUGAAUCACAACAGUAAAGUUAAUGGACAUUUAGACUUAUCGUCCAGUGCUCAUCAUGAUAAUACUGAAGAUGUCAACAUAGGUCUUCAGAUGCUCCUGAACUUAAAUGCUUAUAAUGAUACCUGCUCCAAUCAUUCCAAUCUAUCGGAAGAGCAAAUUUUUAAAGAAUGUAUUCCAGGACAGUCGCUCAGGAGGAACGAGUGGAACGACGAAGUUAGUGAGGAACAGCUGCCAAAAACAAAACUUUUUGAUGAGCUUAGAGAAAAUGUCUAUAAAGAAGUUGCAUCGUUAAUAUCAGCAAAUGAAACAAGACCUCACUUCCUGAUUCAAUUAUUUAGAGAUCUUCAAAUGAUAGGAUCUGAUUCGUUGAGACUGAAGAUUUUGCAAUCUAUACAAAUGGUUAUUACUCAUUCAUUGAUGUCGUCUCAAAACUCAAACAAACAUUCUUUAGAAUCUCAACAAACCUCUAGUGACCUUGAAGGCACACAAAUUCCCGAAUAUUUUUCUUUGCAAUCUACCGUAUGGUCCAAACCCAUGAAAAACUCAUUGGGAACAAGAAACACCAGUAUCAAUGCAGAAGUUCAAAACACAUUUAAAGGAGCUAUUCCAUUUUUAAAUGAGCACGAAGAUGAAGUUAUUCAAAGUGCCCUUCUGUCGUCUUUGAAGCAGAUUUUAUUAGGAUCUGAAUCCUUUAAGGAUUUAGUAAAAGACACUGUGUUUCAGAAACACUUUUCAAAUGUUUUGGACGAGGUGCUUGAACAGUAUCGAGGAAAAAGUGUUCGUGACGUUAAAGUGCAUUUAAUACAAACUUUAAAUGAACUAUUAUGUGGAGAGCUUUCAUUUAUCCAGUUAAUACAAGAAACUAACCCUGAGCAGUGUCUUAUGAAUUGCAGCAAUGAUAUUGAGCUAAACGCUAAAAAUUGUGCUUCAGUUCCAAUAUAUGAAUCUCAAAGUAAUAAUACUGGUACAUCACAGGUUGUUGAUAACAUUCAGAAUGGAGACUUAGCCGAAGCUGACCAGAGUAGAAUCUUGAGUGACGAUAUUGAAGAAGAAGGUGCAGUGGGAGGUAUUUUAGAAAAUACGCAAGGUACCGACACUAAAACUGCGACACAAAGCAACUGCGAGGAGAUUGAGAUGACAAUUGACUUCUCUUGUAAUGGCGAGGGAUUAGAUCAGGUACCGACAAGACUACCCAUUAAAGUCAAGUCCAGAUCGGCAACGCCAAAUAAAGAUCGAUCGAACUCUCAACCAGAUCAAGACCCAUUUUAAGUUCCACAUUUUUUGUUGUAAAUAGUUAAUAGUGCUUCAAAGUGUUAUAUUUUUUUUGCUUGAGUAUAUUUAUUAUAUAUAGAAAUGAAACACGAUAAACUUUCAAUAAUUAA